GAGCCAUGGCUACGCGGAGAAGGACCUACUCUUCUGGCUCGGACGCUUCUGACCGAUUUAUCUCAAUUAACGAGCGGCCCGUGGACGACAUAUCUCUAGAGUUCUUCUACAAGCCGCACAGCAUCACUUUGCUUAUCGUUAUUAUUUCCAGCUUGAUUUAUUUUGCUUUUACCAGGGAUGAAAAUGAGAGCAUCCAGUCAAAUAUCCAGUAUGGUCUGGGAGCCAUGGUUUUCUUUUUCCUCAUCAUUAGCAUCAUGGCAUUUCCAAAUGGGCCUUUCACUCGACCACAUCCUGCUGUCUGGCGUGUUGUGUUUGGUCUCUCAAUACUGUAUAUGCUCUUGCUGCUCUUCAUAAUUUUCCAGGACUACAGAACUGUUCGAAGUAUGUUUGAGUGGUUCUUUCCUGAGCUGAAAAACUUCACCAUUGAUAUGGAUAAGGGUGAAUGGGGAGAGAAAUGUGAUGAUCUUACCUUUGCGCGACUGUGGGAGAGCAUAGACUUUUUCUGCUUUGCACACUUCGCAGGGUGGACCAUGAAGACACUGCUCGUACGGCACUAUGGCAUCUUGUGGACUAUCUCAGUCAUGUGGGAGAUCACCGAGACUGCAUUCUCACAUCUGCUGCCAAACUUUAUGGAAUGUUGGUGGGAUGCUGUCAUUCUGGAUGUUCUUCUGUGUAAUGGUUUUGGGAUAUGGUGUGGCAUGCAGAUAUGCCACUUAAUGGAGAUGCGGUACUACAAUUGGGAAAGUAUCAAGGACAUUCAGACCACGACUGGCAAGCUGAAGCGAGCUGUGCUGCAGUUCACCCCUGAAUCAUGGACAGCCAUGAGAUGGUUAGAUCCUGCUUGCACUUACAUGCGUUUUUUGGCAGUAUCACAGCUUGUGGUUUUCUGGCAACUUGCAGAGCUUAAUACCUUCUUUCUCAAGCACAUAUUUCAAAUGCCUCCAAGCCAUCCACUUGUUUUUGUGAGGAUAUUCUUGCUUGGAGCUACAUCUGCACCAACAAUAAGGCAAUACUACAGCUACGUGACUGACCCCAGGUGUAAGCGUGUAGGAACACAGUGCUGGGUGUAUGCUCUGUGCAUGUGCACUGAAUCUCUGAUCUGUAUCAAGUUUGGAGCAGAUAUUUUUCAGCACACUCAGAUCCGAAAUAUCAUUGCGUGGGUGUUGGUUCAAGCAGCUGGAUCAGUGAUGUGUGUGUAUUUAUGCGUCACACACCAUAGGUGGCAACGGAAACGCCAAGUCAGCAUGGUAAUUCUUUUGGUGAGAACUGAUCAACCAGGGUGUGAAUCAAAUGUCAGGCUGCAAGCAGCUACAUCAACCAGCCUGGUGGAUCAGACCAGCAACCAGGAGGCCUGGUCAGAGACCAGACCAUGGGGACAUUGAUCCACGGAAUCUUCAACAGGUAGUCAACAGGUAGGGAGGUAGAGAGUCCGUAGUGUCUGGGUGUCCUGUUUGAUCUUUACCUUUAGGCCCUGGGGGGUCUUUGAUGGGGUUCAUUAUGGAUCAGCUUGGUGGACCCGUACUUGUUACUUGCAGGUUUGAGGUAUGUCCGUCGGUUUUGCUACAAACCAAAAAGCAAUUUUUUACUGUCUCACUGCUACUGUUGGGUAGGUUUUACCCUCUACCCUAAGACCAGUGAUGUGUGGAUUCACCCUCAUAUUUUUUUUGUAGUGUGAAGCCUUUGUAAUAUGAUCCUCAGGCCACUGCCUGAGGCUCCUCGGGCAGUGGCCGCUUCAAGUUCGAUUAUCAGUUUUUGUGUUGUGGCUUGUGCUCAAGUAGUAGCCACGUAGUUUUCAUGUUUGGAGUUGGAAUGGUUGGUGUUUCCACUUGUGCUCUGUUAGCUGCUGCUGCUUCCAAUGUCUUUUUAAGGGUUUUGGAGGCCAGGCUGCGUUUAGCUGUAUGUGUAGUUCGGCUUUCUCCAGAGAUAGCCGUGAUCCAUGGAGAAGAAGACCCCAAGGAAAGUUGAACUGUUGCUUUGCAGCAGAUAUAUGAGCCUUUCUUUUUCUCUGGGGGAGUGUAUUUGACUUGGAUAAUUGUAGUGUUUGUGGGAUGCCUUCCUGUCUGUUCAAGCAGCAUGUGUGGAGCUGGGCUCUAUGCCAGGGUUUUCAUUUCAGACUUCUGUUGCUGGGGAGGAGCCCGAGGUAGGUCUCUGGGUGCCCUUCAACCUUCCCAAGUAUCUGGUUCCCUCUGCAGGGAGUUUUUCAGCUCAUUUGAGGUAUAUUAUAUAUUCUCCCUCUGUUUAAUUGUGCUUUCUCAGCUUCUCCCUGGAUUCCCUCUGUGUACUAGUACCAUUUGUGUCCUUAUAUGUACUGUAUCUUGUUUCAGGAGAAUUCCUUCUUCCUGUCUUCCACCUUGUUCAGUCACUUUUUUCAAUUUCUUCUUUGGGUACUGGACUUCUCCUCCCUAAAGGAUCCAGCCUCUUAUUGGGUUCAGGUCAGCUUCAGCCUUGUGGUUGCAUUGUGGGAUUCAUGUUUUUCAUGGCUUGUGGAAAACCCCCUGAUUUCUUUGGAAAUUUGGCAUGGCUCUUUAUCAUAUCCAGGUGCUUGUGGAGUGAGUGGUGGACUUUAUCCCACUGGCAGGUGUAUUGGGUUUCUGAAGCCUUGGUUGCAGAGUUUCCAUGGGUUCUGUCCUCAGUUGGUGCCAUUUUCACUUCAUUGCUGUGGUUGAGCCGAUCUCUGAUCAGCUCUGGAGCGGCCUGAUUAUUUUUGCAUUGAUGCCUAGUGUUGUUGCCCUAUUACCUACUUCCCUUGCCCAUCACACGUUUUGGCGAGCUGUGCUCGCCCAGGCUUUUUGUUUCAUCUUGGUCUCUACUCAUUUUUGUGUUAGGGCCUUGCCUGUGAUUAUUUGAGAUAGGCCUUUGGUGGAGCCUGAUUCCCAGACUUUGGUCCUUCCUCUGUUUUCUUUUUUCUCCUGGCCUUUCACGGUCUCCCUUUGACACCACUAUCAAGGUAACGUUUGACCUGCUUUGUCAAUUCUGUGUCCCACGAUUCAUAGGCUAUACAAGUAGUAUCCCAAAGUCUCUUGUGGCAUUGAUCCACUUUAACCUACUUUCUCUUGAGGUUCCAGGGACUUGGGUCAGGUGUCCUCACCUCAACUCUGUGGUCAUUGUGACUCGAUUGGUCUCUGGUGUGGUCGAGUUGACCCCCCCUCAUUCUAAAGUGGUUGCCCUGGUGUUUCCUGAUCCUCACUUGAGACUUGGUGGACCUAUGGUACAUUCUUGACUUCUUGAAUUUGAAGAGCUUCUUUCCAUUUCCAACUUUUUGCAUGACUGCUUUUGCUCAAGUUCACCUGGUGUUGUAGUUAGGGUUUCUUGUUUGGGAUUCCCGGUAGCUUCCCUUUCUCUGCCGUCUGUGGCUCUGUUUCCCUGCAAUACUACCUCAAUCUGGUGUUGGACUGGCCCCAGGUUACUGACCAGUUGGUUGAGCGGUUGUGUGGGAUCUUAAACUUUACCUGCAUGAUAUUCUCCUUGGUCAGAGUUUGGCUCCAGGCAUUGUUCUGGUUCUGCCACUGUCAGGGCCAUCAAGUUUGGGCUGUUUGCCCUCUGCCAGCUAUUGCUUUACCAGUUUCCUUGGUGAGGGUGAUCAUAACAAUCUCUUGGUCCCUGAGCUUCUGUGAGAGAACCAGGUUCUGGCUCCAGUCUCUGGUCGACCAUUAAGUUCUCCCGAGACUGAUAUGGCUCGCGUAUGCUAAGUAAGCUAGCUACAGGGGAGCCACCAAGGCCAAACUAGAAAGAAGCAUUUUCAUUACAUUCAUCGUUAGUAUUUUUGCUUUUUUAAGUGUUGCGAUUUUAGAAUAGUUAAAUGUAGGAAGCAUAGCAGGAAUAUUCAUAUGGUGUUUUGUUUGUUUUGGAAUUCAUAUCUAAUAGGUUGUCAGCAGAUGUGAUUUAAUCAUAAUAUUGCAUUAGUACAUUGAAAAUAGUUUGUUGACAAAUAUUCUUUAAGCAUUCUAUUAUCCAGUUAAUGAAUCUUAUGUCUUAAUAGUUUAUGAAGAAGUAAUAUAAUGAGUUAUUAUUAGGAAAUAUGACAUUUUAAAUUACUAAAGGAGUAAAUAGGGCACUGUCACUUGUACAAGAGGGUGUUUGUGUUUGCAGUUAACAGAAAUUUGCAACAUUGUGAAAGUAACAAAGUCACUAAGGUCCUAUGAAGAAUUCACAAAUGGUGUGUAAUUACUUAAGAAAUUACCUAAUUGUAAUUACGGGAUGAGAGCCAUGCUCGUGGUGUUCCAUCUUCCCAGUACUCUCUGUCGCAUGACACUUUUAAACUACUGACGAUUUUGGCCUCCACCAACCCCCUCUCUCAAACUGUUCCACACAUCUACUACUGUUUGCAACUGAACUUUCUAAUAUAGCUUUGUUCCUUUUGUUUGACUCUAUCUCCUCUUGCAGAUUUAAUCUGCAAGAGGAGACAGGAGAUUUGUUUGAACCUAUCUCCUCUUUAUGUUGGAGGAGAUAGGUCCCACCACAUUGAUGGUAUCACCAUUGGCCAAGGGUUGCCCUAAGAGCAAGGCAGGCAGGAUGACCCGCAUGAGAUGACCCUAGUCAUCACAAGGAAGAGGAAAUAUUUGAGAAGUAUGUCUGUGUUCUAAGAGUAAUUAAAGUACAGUAUGUUGUUCAACAUGUCGGUAUGAAAGUAGGUAGAAAGGAGAAUGUUAAUUGAAUUACAAGAUGGGAAUGAAUACAGAAUUAAAGUAAUACUUUAGAGAUGUUAAGUGGAAUUGAGAGCUGCAGAUAAUUAAUGUCCAGUAUUAUGUAUGCACAUUUUGCAUACAUAAUAUCAAAUCAAUGCAAAGAUUACUAAAGAUGGAAACACAUUAUAUUAAACAGGACACACUGGAAAAGCCUGGAGACAUUUUAGGAAACAUCCAACCCGCCAAAUGUAUCGGAUACAAACAAGCAGGAAAAUAUACCAAGAGGGCAAAGAAGCAAAAUCUUUAAAAUGGGAUUGUGUAAAAAAGCAUCAGACCCAAACCUUUUUUUUCAAGUUGUAAACAAAAUUGCAAGUUAGAGAAAAUCCAGUGGCUGAAAUUUGAAACAGCAGUUUUGGAGUUGAAAAGCAGUGUAAUUACCUUAGUGUAGUAGUUACAGGAUGAGAGCUACGCUCAUCUUCCCAGUACUCUUUGUCGUAUAACGCUUUGAAACUACUGACGGUUUUGACCUCCACCAUUACCUCGCUUAAGUUUGUUCCAGCCAUCUACCACUAUUUGCAAAAGAAAAUUUUCUAAUAUUUUUCUCGGCACCUCUGUUUUCUUAGCUUGAAUCCGUGUCCUCUUGUUCGUGAAGUUGCUGGUUUCAGGAAUUCCUCUUUAUCAAUUUGAUCUAUUCCUGUUAGACAGGGAAAAUAAUGGGUGUUUUUUGGGGUAAAGUUUAAGAAAGGGUGAGCUGUUGCUUAAACAGCUGUUGCAACAACCUAACUUAUACACAUCAUGGGCUGCAUUUGUCAGAACCUUGUCUUCAGUAAUAGAGCAUUUGUAAUAUGGGAAACCUUUAGGAGAAAGUUCUGUGCCAAAUCUACUGAUAAUUUUAAGAUUGCAGUUGAUAAAGUAUAUAAAAAAGACAAAACACCACGAACAUAGCUCUCUUCCUCUAUCUAUAACCUAGGUACAGUAAUUACAAGUAGGUAACUACAAAAUGCAUUUUUUUAUGAUUUUUUUUUACUUUUAAUUAAGUUUCUUUUAGUGUAUAUAAAUAUUUGUAAUGUAUAUUCUAUAUAUUAAUGUAUAUUCUAAUAUUAAUGUAUAUUAGUAUAUAUACUAAUAUAGUAUUUGUGUGUAUUUCAGUACCAUAUUGGAUAAUAUCUAGGUUAGUGCCAUACCAUAUGUUUGCAGUGUGUAUUGAUGUAUGAUAGAUAUUGAUGUGUAUAAUUAAUUUGUGAUUUUGAUGAGUUGUGGCAAUGUUCAGUUGUUGUAACAGAUUUGGUUGUUAUUUCCAGGUGGUUAGCCAAGGUAUCUCAAGUGUAACCAGCUGUUAGAAUGUUUAGUAUUUUGUACAGUGCACAAAUUUGGUGUAAUUUGUAGGUGUAUUGUUUUAAAAGCAGUCACUGAUAGUGUAAUAAAGAAUUAACAGUUUUA